CAAUGCGUGACUUGCGAUCAAUGUGUGCAUCCUUCUGCCGAAGGCGGUGUGAGAGAACUGAUGGGCGUGUCCAAAAACUGUGGUCGUGCGGCGGAGACUUCUGACCACCAUCCUACUAACACUUUUGCAUCAAAACAUCGCUCUUUCACUGCAGAUCAGUUCGUCAAGACAACAGCAAGCCAGAGACGUCCUGGUCAGCUAACUUCCCGAAGGCCUAAGCCAUCAGACUGGUCAGUAUCAGCAUGACAUCUCUGAAGCGGUCUCAUGCUUCCACAGCUCCGACGACAACACUCUCAAGCAAGACUUACCUUCGAACAUUGAAAUCGGGCAAAGUCCAGAAGAUUGUACGAGAGCUGUAUCUACGUCAGGACAUACCAUGCUCGUCCCAAUUAUGCACAGCAUGCCUGGAUCUAGCUCCGCCGAGCUUCCACCGCAAAACAGAGCCGUUUGUGCUGUCCGCCACCCCAGCAGCAACAAAGCAGUAUCCCCAAGGCCACUAUCUCGUCCCAGAUACCAAUGCGUUCCUCUCUGCCAUGGAUCUAUUCGAGACCGAAGGUGCUGCCUUUCAGGACGUCAUCGUGCUCCAGACCGUCCUAGAGGAAGUGAAGAACCGUUCAUUGCCGCUAUACAACAGACUAAUUGCGUUGACGAAGAACGAAGGGAAGCGCUUCUACGUCUUCUUCAAUGACUUCAGGUUGGAGACGUAUGUGCAGAGAGAUGCUGGUGAAACCAUCAAUGACCGCAACGACCGAGCUGUGCGGAAGGCGUGCGCAUGGUACGCCGAGCACCUGCGACAGGCUGUCACAGCAAGGCAAAGCGCACGGUAUCCGGCCGUCAUAAUGAUCAGCAACGACAAGGAUAGCCUACGGAAGGCAAACGCUGAAGACAUCGAGGCUUCCAACCUUGAAAGCUAUGUGAAAGGGUUGCCGGAUGCGGACCGCUUGCUGGACAUGGUUGCAUCAAGCCGUGAACAGCGUCUAGCCAGAGAGACCAAGGCUGAAACGCUCUAUCCUGAGUACCUCUCAAUGUCUGCAAUGCUCACCGGCGUCAAGAACGGCACGCUUCAUCAGGGAAUAUUCAACGUCUCACCCUACAAUUACCUUGAGGGCACGGUCCAUGUGCCAGCUUUCGAUCGUGCCCUCAUUGUCCAGGGCCGUGAAAACAGCAACCGGGCAGUAUCCGGCGAUAUCGUGGUAAUCGAAGUGCUGCCCAAGGACCAAUGGAAGGCUCCAUCGAGCAAAGUCAUUGAGGAAGAGGACCUGGGCAAGAACGAAAACGCCGAAGUUGACGAGGACUCAUCCGAAGCAAUCGUUACUGAGCGUGAGCGCAGGGCCCUACAGGAGGAAGUCAGGAGAGCUCACGGUCAGGUCGCGGAAGGCAAAAAGCAGCCCACUGCUAAGGUUGUGGGCAUCAUCAAGCGCAAUUGGAGACAAUAUGUCGGUCAUGUGGACAAGGAUUCCGUACGGACCCGUACAAAAGACAGUCGCGCCCAGCAAACGGUCUUCCUCGUCCCAAUGGACAAGCGCAUUCCCAAGAUUCGGGUUCGCACGCGGCAGGCUGCAGGUCUGCUCGGGCAGCGCGUGUUAGUCACGAUCGACACAUGGGACCGAGAGUCCCGCUAUCCUGUUGGCCACUUCAUUCGUAGUCUUGGUGAAUUGGAAACGAAGGGUGCUGAGACCGAAGCGCUGCUGUUGGAGUGGGACGUGCAAUAUCGGCCUUUCCCGAGGACUGUGCUCGACUGUUUGCCGCCAGAAGGCCACGAAUGGGAAGUGCCAAAGAGUGUCGAUGAUCCUGGGUGGACCGGCAGGCGCGACCUCACGGAUUUACUGAUCUGUUCGAUCGAUCCGCCGGGUUGUGUCGACAUUGACGACGCUCUGCAUGCGAGACUGUUGCCGAACGGGAAUUUCGAAGUUGGCGUACACAUUGCCGAUGUGUCACAUUUCGUUAAGCCGAACAACGCCAUGGACAAGGAAGCCUCAUUGCGUGGCACCACAGUUUAUCUCGUUGAUAAGCGAAUCGAUAUGCUUCCAAUGCUGCUCGGUACUGAUCUGUGUUCGCUGAAACCGUACAUUGAGCGGUAUGCAUUCAGCGUCAUCUGGGAGCUAGACAAAAACGCCGACAUCGUCAGCUCAACCUUCACUAAAAGCGUGAUCCGAAGUCGGGAGGCAUUCAGUUACGAAGCUGCGCAAUUACGCAUCGACGACAAGUCUCAGCAGGAUGACCUUACGAAGGGCAUGCGGCACUUGAUGAUGCUGUCGAAGAGAUUGCGCGCAAAGCGCAUGGCUGCUGGGGCGCUUAAUCUUGCAAGUCCGGAGGUCAGAGUGCAGACGGAGAGCGAGACGUCAGAUCCUGUCGAUGUGCAGACGAAGCAGCUUCUCGACACCAAUCAGCUCGUAGAGGAGUUCAUGUUGCUGGCCAACAUAAGCGUCGCUAGCAAGAUCUAUGAAGCGUUCCCACAGACUGCACUACUACGUCGUCACGCUGCGCCACCCAAGACCAACUUCGAAGAACUAGGCAACCAGCUCAAGGUCAAGAAGGGAAUGGAGCUCCAUACCGACUCAUCAAAGGCGGUAGCGGACAGCUUAGACAAGUGUGUCGACCAAAGCGAGCCCUUCUUCAACACCCUCGUCCGCAUACUGGCUACACGCUGCAUGAUGAGCGCAGAGUACUUCUGCUCCGGCACUCAGGCACCGUCUGAGUUCCGACACUACGGACUCGCCUCCGAGAUCUACACCCACUUCACCUCGCCCAUCCGACGUUAUGCGGAUCUCGAGGCCCAUCGUCAGCUGGCUGCUGCUAUAGAUUACGAGCCGCUUGACGCAAGCUUACAAAGCAAGAGCAAGAUCGAGGCUGUGUGCAAAAACAUCAAUGUUCGGCACCGCAACGCCCAAAUGGCAGGUCGUGCGAGUGUGGAAUACUACGUCGGUCAAGCGCUCAAGGGCCGCGUGCUGGAGGAAGACGGCUUCAUCAUGAGGAUCUUCAGCAACGGCUUCGUUGUCUUCGUUCCACGAUUUGGGAUUGAGGGACUGAUCAGAUUGCGUGACUUGCCUGAAGAAGUUGGGCGUGAGCAAGAUAGUGUCUUCGACAGUGAGGAUUAUUCGCUCACGCUUCGAGGCGGCAAGGUGGAAAGGAAAGUGGAGCUCUUCCAGAAGGUCACAGUCAAGAUUAGCGACGAGGCUGAGGAGAGCACCGGCAAGCGAAAGAUCAAGCUACAACUGACCAAAUAACGACGUGCCUAACUGUUUGUCAGCUAUAGCGUAGUGUCUUGGUAACCAAGCUGUUGGUAAGCAUGAUAGCAGGGCAAGCGCCGAAAUGCAGCUUGAUUACUCCGAAUUCCAAUCUAGCUAGACUAUCUCGUUCCCAAACCACUGAGUAGAGUAUGCGAACUACGCAGGAUCAAGCAUGUGAACGCAGCAGCCGGGGUAUAUUGCAAGCAAAGC